AUGGAACAUUCCAUGGCCACAACCACGAACAAUGCCGCCGGUGGAAGCAAGGACCACCUGCCGUCCUCGCAGCACGGCAGUGCGUACGGCCAGGCGUACUACAGCCAGAAUUCCGGCGAGCCCGGCGACGCUAACGACAAUGUGAUGCCCAUAGUGUUCGUUGCCAUCACUGGCGUUGUCGUGCUGCUCAGGAUCCUCUGCUGUGGCCUCCGGAAGGACGACGCGGUGGAGCAGGUCGCCGGAGGCGGGGACAGAGUGGGUCCGCCGAGCAGCCAAGCAGCAGGCUUGGCGGACAGGGAUCCUUCGAUGAUGGCCGCCGUGGAGGUGCCGCCGGUUCAGGCGGCCGAGCCGCCGCUGGUGUGCACGUACAGGAAGGAGGACGGCUGCGGGGAGGACUCGUGCGGGGUGUGUCUGGCGGAGCUGGCCGACGGCGAGGCCAUCAGGGUGCUGCCGGCGUGCAUGCACUUCUUCCACGCCGCCUGCGUGAACGAGUGGCUGCGCGGUCACGACACCUGCCCGCUCUGCCGUGCCCCGCUCGUCGCUCCCGGUCCCGGCGACGACAUCUAG